CCAUGUGUGGAAAAAGUGCUAUUUGGAUUCCAAAGGUUGGAGAGAAAACCUAUGAGUGUCUUGAGUGUGGGAAGAGUUUCAGCCGGAGCUCAUACUUGAGCCAGCACCAGCGGAUCCACCUGGCAGAGAAACCCUUCAGCUGCUCAGAAUGUGGGAAGAGCUUCACUCGAAACUCAGACCUGAUCAAACAUCACCGGAUCCACACUGGUGAGAAGCCCUACCAGUGCAAUGAGUGCCAGAAGACCUUCAGCCAGAGGUCCAAUGUGAUCAGGCACCAGCGGACCCACACGGGAGAGAGGCACUACCAGUGCAACGAAUGUGGGAAGAGCUUCAGCCAGAACUCCCAUCUCAUUGUCCACCAGCGGAGCCACAAGGGCGAGAAACCCUUUCAUUGCCUCCGGUGUGAGAAAAGCUUCAGCGACCACUCCUCCCUGAUCAUCCACCGGAGAGUCCACACCGGAGAGAAGCCCCACGAAUGCCAAGAGUGCGGGAAGCGUUUCCGCGACAGCUCAGCCAUUAUUCGGCAUCAGAGGAUCCACACGGGUGAGAAACCAUACGAGUGCACUGAGUGCGGCAAAACCUUCCGGCAGAGCUCCUCGCUGGUGACCCACAUGCGAACGCACACGGGUGAGAAGCCCUACAAGUGCCCCAUCUGUGGGAAGGGCUUUAGCCAGAGCUCGGCACUCACCACUCACCAGCGGAUCCAUGGGGGGAAGGCCUUGCCGAUGUAUCCCGCUGGCCUCCUGCCCAAUCCCUACCAGUGUGCCGAGUGUGGCCGGAGAUGCGGUGACCGCACCACUCUGGCCAAGCACCAGACCACGCACGCCGAGGAGCGGCCCUACAUCUGCGUGGAGUGCGGGGACAGCUUCCGACGGAGCUCGGCUCUCAACGUGCACCUGAGGAUCCACCGUGGAGAGAGACCCUACAAGUGUGAGGAGUGUGGAAAAACAUUCAGGCACAGCUCAGCCCUCGGCGCCCACCUGAGGAUCCACGCGGGAGACAAACCAUAUGAGUGUGGUGAGUGUGGGAAAAGCUUCCGGAAAAGCUCGACGCUUAAAGUACAUUUGAAAAGCCACAUGGCCAAGAAACCCUAUAAAUGUGCAGUGGGUAGGAGAAUGCUCACUUCUGCCAUAGGGCUGAGUGGAUGUUCAGAACAGGAAACAAAAGCAGUAUUUGGGGGCACCUGA